CUGCCCGGCCCCAGCCCCAGCCCCCGCCCUCUUCCUACUGCCUUCAGCACACAGCUAGCUCUCUGGUGAAGCAUCCCAGUGAGCCCUGGGCUCCCUGGCUAUCGUCGCUGAUACUGUCACCGCUGCACAGUCUCCCCCUCCCCUACCAUCAGAGGAUGGGCUGCGAGAGGCAGCAGUGCUGCCCCAAAUCCUCCUAAAGCUACAAAAACAAAGGGAGCAUCCGGGACCGGGGUGGAUGCAAACAACCAUGAAAGACUGGGUCUUCCCUUUCUCGGGCUCUGUUGCUGCUGCCGCUGCUGCCGCCGCCGCCGCCGCCGCCGCUGCUGAGAGGAGCACUCUGUGAAAGGGGGAGCCAGGAGAGCAGCAGCUUGUUGGGAAUUGGAAAGGUGAGAGGUAGCAAAGAAGAGGAGGGGGAGGGCAGGAAAAAAAAAAGAUGUCUUCUUCUGCUUUGGGUCCCCGAGGCCCUCGCCCACCCACAGUGCCUCCCCCUAUGCAAGAGCUGCCCGACCUGAGCCACCUGACCGAAGAAGAGAGGAACAUUAUCAUGGCAGUGAUGGACCGGCAGAAGGAAGAAGAAGAGAAAGAAGAAGCCAUGCUCAAGUGUGUUGUCAGGGAUAUGGCGAAACCUGCGGCCCGCAAAACACCAAGGAAUGCUGAAAACCAGUCCCACCAACCUUCACCGAGAUUGCAUCAGCAAUUUGAAAGCUAUAAAGAACAAGUGAGAAAAAUUGGGGAAGAAGCCCGGCGUUACCAAGGAGAGCACAAAGAUGAUGCCCCCACUUGUGGCAUUUGUAUGAAAACAAAGUUUGCUGAUGGUUGUGGCCAUUUGUGUUCUUACUGCCGGACCAAAUUCUGUGCGAGAUGUGGAGGCCGAGUUUCUCUUCGAUCAAACAAUGAGGACAAAGUGGUUAUGUGGGUAUGCAAUUUAUGUCGAAAGCAACAAGAGAUCUUAACCAAGUCUGGAGCUUGGUUUUUUGGGAGUGGACCUCAGCCACCAAGUCAAGACGGUACACUCAGUGACACAGCUACGGGUGCAGGCUCUGAGGUGCCUAGAGAAAAGAAAGCCAGACUACAAGAACGAUCGAGAUCUCAGACCCCCUUAAGCACAGCAGCAGCCUCCCAGGAAACCCCUCCUUCAGGGGUCCCAUCGGAGCGAAGCAAAGGAACAGAACUGUCCCAGAAAGCCAUGGGUCUGGAGCAGAAACAGGUUUCAUCCAGAUCUAGAAGUGAACCCUCUCGAGAAAGGAAGAAGACUUCAGUGGCUGCCGAGCAGAAUGGCAAAGGGGGGCUGAAAAGUGAGCGUAAACGUGUGCCAAAAUCCUCCCUCCAGCAAGGGGAGGGACCUGUGGAGGAGAGGGACCGGAAAGAAAGGCGGGAAAGCAGAAGGCUGGAGAAGGGUAGGUCACAAGAUUUGCCAGAAAAACACGAGGAGGGCAAAGGAGUGGAGGAUGAGAAACAAAGGAAAGAAGAAGAAUAUCAGACUCGAUAUCGAAGUGACCCUAACCUAGCGAGGUAUCCCAUCAAGCCCCACCCCGAAGAGCAGCAGAUGCGCAUGCAUGCCAAAGUCUCUAAAGCCCGCCAUGAAAGGAGACAUAGUGAUGUGUCUUUGCCCCACACAGAGGUAGAAGAAUCAGACGUGCCAGAGAACAAGUUAGGGAAACGGGCCCAGCCCUCUGGAACUCAGGAUCGGAAAUCCCUUUUGGAAACUCAGAGGUCGUAUUCCAUAGAAAGAACGGGUGAUGUAAGAAUAUCUGUUUCUAAACAAUUAACUAACCAUAGCCCACCAGCUGCCAGGCAUGGCCCUGUUCCAACAGAACACCCUGAGUCCAAGAACCAAGAGUCUUUCAAAAAGCAGAGUCGCCUGGAUCCUAGCUCCGCUAUUCUUAUCCGGAAAGCAAAGAGGGAAAAAAUGGAAACGAUGCUGAGGAAUGACUCUCUGAGCUCUGACCAGUCAGAGUCAGUACGGCCAUCUCCGCCCAAGCCCCAUAGAUCCAAGAGAGGAGGGAAGAAGAGGCAAAUGUCUGUCAGCAGCUCCGAGGAGGAAGGGGCCUCUACACCUGAGUAUACCAGCUGUGAAGAUGUGGAAAUAGAAAGUGAAAGCGUCAGUGAAAAGGGUGACUUGGAUUACUAUUGGCUGGAUCCUACCACGUGGCCCAGUAGGGAGACUUCUCCUAUAAGUUCGCAUCCUGUAACGUGGCAACCGUCUAAAGAGGGUGACCGAUUAAUUGGACGUGUUAUUCUUAACAAGAGAACAACCAUGCCCAAAGAAUCAGGUGCACUCCUAGGAUUAAAAGUUGUUGGAGGAAAAAUGACUGAUUUAGGACGUCUUGGUGCCUUCAUCACCAAAGUAAAGAAGGGUAGCCUAGCAGAUGUAGUAGGACAUCUAAGAGCAGGGGAUGAAGUUCUAGAAUGGAAUGGUAAACCCCUGCCUGGAGCUACAAAUGAAGAAGUUUACAACAUUAUUUUAGAAUCAAAAUCAGAACCUCAAGUUGAAAUUAUUGUUUCAAGGCCUAUUGGUGAUAUUCCAAGGAUUCCUGAGAGCUCCCAUCCUCCAUUAGAGUCUAGUUCAAGUUCUUUUGAAUCUCAAAAGAUGGAAAGACCUUCCAUUUCUGUUAUUUCUCCAACUAGUCCUGGAGCAUUAAAAGAUGCCCCUCAGGUCCUACCAGGGCAACUUUCUGUGAAGCUGUGGUAUGACAAAGUUGGUCAUCAACUUAUUGUAAACGUUCUUCAGGCAAGAGAUCUACCCCCUCGAGUGGAUGGACGACCCAGGAAUCCUUAUGUGAAAAUGUACUUUCUUCCAGAUAGAAGUGAUAAAAGUAAAAGGAGGACCAAAACAGUAAAGAAAGUCCUAGACCCGAAAUGGAACCAAACAUUUCUCUAUUCACAUGUGCACCGUAGAGAUUUUAGAGAACGAAUGUUAGAAAUAACUGUGUGGGAUCAACCAAGAGUGCAAGAAGAAGAAAGUGAAUUUCUUGGAGAGAUCCUCAUAGAGCUGGAGACAGCCCUGCUAGAUGAUGAACCACAUUGGUAUAAAUUGCAGACACACGAUGAAUCUUCGCUACCUCUGCCUCAGCCAUCACCUUUCAUGCCAAGGAGACACAUUCAUGGAGAAAGCUCUAGCAAAAAAUUACAAAGAUCUCAGCGAAUCAUUGAUAGUGACAUCUCAGAUUAUGAGGUUGAUGAUGGUAUUGGAGUAGUUCCUCCAGUAGGUUAUAGGUCAAAUGCUAGAGAAAGCAAAUCUACAACUUUAACUGUGCCAGAACAGCAAAGAACAGCUCAUCACCGCUCCCGAUCUGUAUCUCCUCACCGUGGCAACGAUCAGGGCAGGCCCCGUUCCCGGUUACCAAAUGUGCCAUUACAGAGGAGUUUAGAUGAAAUUCAUCAAGUGAGAAGGUCACGUUCUCCAACCAGACACCAUGAUGCCUCCCGAAGUCCAGUUGAUCUCCGAUCCAGAGACAUGGAUAGCCAGUAUUUAUCAGAACAAGAAAGUGAGCUUCUUAUGCUGCCCAGAGCAAAACGAGGACGAAGUGCAGAGUGCCUACAUACGACCAGACAUUCUGUUAGACACUAUAAAACUUUAUCAUCCAAGAUGCCUUUAAUAGAGAAUGGCACUCAUUGGAAUAUUUACAGUGAACUACAGCCCUCCCUUGACAGGGCUAGGAGUGCUAGUACCAACUGCUUGAGACCAGAUACUAGUUUGCAUUCACCAGAACGAGAAAGGGGUAGAUGGUCCCCCUCCCUAGAUAGGCGAAGACCUACUAGUCCCAGGAUUCAAAUCCAGCAUGCAUCUCCUGAGGAUGACAGGACCCGGAUGUUGGAGUCUUGCAUUCCCAAACAAGACAGUAUAAGCCACCAAAGUGCUAAACCAGCAACAACACAGAGGCAAUCUCGAAAGUCGGAAAGAUCUAGCAACCAAAAACAGACUAGGAAAAGCAAUGCAUCUGAUGCAGAAAGGGUUCUCCCACAACAUCUUUCUAGAAGGGGACACCCUACCCCAAGAACAACUGAUCAGCCAGUCAUUAGGGGAAAACAUCCCUCUCGCUCAAGGUCGAGUGAGCAUUCUAGUGUCAGAACACUGUGUUCUAUACAUCACCUUGCUCCAGGAGGGUCGGCACCAGCUUCUCCGCUUCUGACAAGAAUGCACCAACAAGGAAGUCCGGGACAGUCUCCUCCUGCAGACACAGCCUUCAGCAGUCGUAGGGGAAGACAACUCCCACAGGUUCCAAUAAGAAGCGGCAGUAUAGAACAAGAACAAGACAAAUAUAGCUCUUCCUCAAAAGCAAGCUUAGUAGUGGAAGAGCGAACAAGACAGAUGAAAAUGAAAGUACAUCGCUAUAAGCAGACAACAGGGUCUGGUUCUAGCCAAGAACUUGAUCGCGAGCAAUAUUCCAAGUAUAACAUACAUAAAGAUCAAUACAGAAGCUGUGAUAACGUCUCUGCCAAAUCAUCAGAUAGUGAUGUCAGUGAUGUGUCAGCCAUUUCCCGAACCAGCAGUGCCUCACGCCUCAGCAGCACAAGCUUUAUGUCAGAGCAAUCUGAGCGCCCCAGGGGUAGAAUCAGUUCAUUUACCCCUAAAAUGCAAGGCAGACGGAUGGGAACUUCAGGAAGAACCAUCACAAAGAGCACAAGUGUGAGUGGAGAGAUGUACAAACUGGAGCAUAAUGAUGGAAGCCAGUCAGACACAGCUGUUGGCACAGUUGGAACAGGUGGAAAGAAAAGGAGGUCCAGCCUUAGUGCCAAAGUGGUGGCUAUAGUAUCUCGGAGAAGUAGAAGCACAUCCCAACUUAGCCAAACAGAAUCUGGCCACAAGAAGUUGAAAAGCACUAUACAGAGAAGCACAGAAACCGGCAUGGCAGCAGAAAUGAGGAAGAUGGUACGGCAGCCAAGUCGAGAGUCUACUGAUGGCAGCAUUAAUAGUUACAGCUCAGAAGGGAACCUAAUAUUUCCCGGGGUCCGAUUGGGAGCUGACAGUCAAUUCAGUGAUUUCCUUGAUGGAUUAGGACCAGCUCAGCUUGUUGGAAGACAAACACUAGCAACUCCUGCUAUGGGUGACAUACAGAUUGGAAUGGAGGAUAAAAAGGGCCAAUUAGAAGUAGAAGUCAUCAGAGCAAGAAGCCUCACUCAAAAACCUGGUUCCAAAUCUACACCUGCUCCAUAUGUUAAAGUCUAUCUUUUGGAAAAUGGAGCCUGCAUAGCAAAGAAGAAAACAAGAAUUGCCCGAAAAACCCUUGAUCCUUUGUAUCAACAGUCCCUGGUUUUUGAUGAAAGUCCACAGGGUAAAGUUCUUCAGGUGAUCGUCUGGGGGGAUUAUGGGCGAAUGGAUCAUAAGUGUUUCAUGGGUGUAGCUCAGAUCCUUCUGGAGGAACUUGAUCUGUCUAGCAUGGUAAUAGGAUGGUACAAAUUGUUCCCGCCUUCAUCACUGGUGGACCCAACCCUGGCGCCCUUGACUCGCAGGGCUUCCCAAUCAUCUCUGGAAAGUUCAACUGGGCCUCCUUGCAUUCGAUCAUAAUGAACUUGUAGAGAACAGAUCCUAGUUAAGUAAAAUGCUAUCAAUCCAGGAUAAUAACCCGAACUAGAUAUUAUGUGAUCAAAACAUUGUUGGAGACAGACAAUCAACUUCUGUUUUACCUGUAAUAGUUAUCCAAAAAAUGUGUCUGAAUUGUUUGUUUAAACCUGGCUUCAAAGGACAGAUGAAGGGCAUCUAUCAAAUUACAAUAAAAAAAAAGUCAAUUCGCUAGUGAGAGUUACUGACGCUUCUAACUGUUAACAAAAAAAAAAAAAAGGAGGGGGAUUUAAAAUUCACACACACAUGCACACACACACACACACACCACACAAAAACACACAAUUGAACAAACUGGAAGCCCUUACUCUGUGGAAAAGCUUGUGUUAUACACGUUCUCACAUUCUUACUCAGACUACAAGCAGUGUUAUUUCCCCUGGUGUUUGAGCAGUGUUUUCUGUACUUGUUACUUCCUCUAGUUUUUGGCUGUGUGACCCUCUCUUCAACCAUGUUGUGACAGUCCUCACCAUACUAAUAGAGACCCUUCCCUUCUUUUUUUCCCAGAUCACCAAUAAAGGGCUACAGAAUCUCUCUGUAAGCACCACCCCAAAGUGUGCAACAUCCAGGCAAAGUGAUACCAAUCAACUGUCUCAUGUUCCCACCUUUACCCUCCCCACCCCUCCAGUAUCAGCUCUUCAAAGUCUUAUGUGUAGAAACCCAAAGCAAACCAAGAGGCCAGAAAGUUUCCCUCCCAACAUAAGUACCACUGUUCUUUUUGCAUUCUGGACAAACUAUAAAAAUUUUUUUUAAAAAGUCUGUUUUGCAUGAAAGACUCCUCUCUGCAGCCAAGGCUGGGGACUGCAACAACUUAAUCUUAGUUUCUGACAUUGAAACCACUCCUUGUUAAUAGUUCUCUUUCAAAUGUCCAAGAGAGAAUAAUCACAUUCAUGUAUAGGAAAUAUAUGUUUGAUGUCCCACAAUGUUGACCAGAAAUGGAAUUAAGCAUAUGACACUUUCAGCUAUACCCAGGCUUCUCUGCUGUGUCUCCCUUCAGACACACCUGUCCACCCUGGAUAGAGCAUGGUAGGGGCUGCUCAAUAUUCCACUGGGAAUUCCAGUUGAAAUAUUCUGCACUUAACUAAUGUUUUUAUCCAAUUUUAGUUUACAUUUCUUUGAGAUUGAUGCAAGCACAAAGCUUGAUUUUUUAACACAAAAUAUCUUACUUUUUUGAGGAAAAAAAAUGUCCAAUUUCAAUUUGCAUUUUCUUCAUUUUUUUCUUGGCCUUGACGUUCCCUUGUGAUGUGCUACCAACUGCAGACCGUGCAGGUGCAUUGAUAGGUUUUUCCUUCCUUUUAUGGGCCAUUCAAUUUUGUGAUCACACAGAUAGAGCAGCAUGACUUGGAACUCUUCAAAGCUGCAUGCAUGUUUUGUUAAAAAAAAAGUAAAGAAACAAAAAGGUAAUUUAAUAAUGUAUGUUAGCUCCACGUAGGCUGGCUUGUAUGUUGCAUGUACUUGUACAGUUUGCUUGUUAAUUACUAUACUGAAAUAACCAAGAAAUCUAAGCCAUCCAUUUUUGUUAUAGACAUUUGACAGGUUUUAGCCAGACUCAGUCAGUUAGUCUGGUGCAAAAAAUGUCUAUAGAUGGACUUUAUUUUUUACCCUAUGGAAAACGUGAUGUAGUUUGGACCAAACCUUCUUAUAAAUUAUUUUGGUGUAGAUUCCUACUGUGGGGCUGUAACACAUGUAGAAAUUGUGUGCACACUAGGUUUUAAUCCAUUAGACAUACUGCCUGCACCGAGUGAAUUAUUAAUUAUUAUUUAACAUGUCAGACUUCUCUGCCCACCAUUCCAUCGGGCACAGAUCGACUAAUGCUCGACCUGCUGAGCGAGAAAAGCUGAAGCAUUGGUGCACUAUUACUAGAGUCCGUUCUGUCUUAGUGGCCAAGAAUUGACUAAGUACAAUUGGGUAGUAUCUUUCUAUUUUGACCACUUGUCUUAACACUCCCCUGUGCUUUUAAAUGAACUUCCAACUCAUGUUAUGUAAACAUGUUUAAUAAAAUUUACUUUUCACGUCA